CUUCCUUUCACAUCCGGGCUUGGACAAACAAACGCUCCCAGGUCUACCGAAUAGACUGGGACAACCAGACAACAUCGCAGACAUUUGGAGCGACCGCCUUCCGCAGAUCCAUGUUGCCUCUGCCAAAGGUAGGAAAAGGCUGCAAGUAUAUUAUGCAUUAUGCCGGCGGAUGACAUUUGCAGAAAAGGCCAAGCGAUGCCGAGAGGAAGCCAAGAUACCAAGCGGCGCUGUUGCGCGAAUGUGGAGGGAUUCCAUGCCAGAGACAAGAAGUCAAGACUCUGUCGUGGUCCUGGUGCUCGCUGUGGUCUUUUCUCUCUUAUAAUCAUGUUGCUAUAUCAUUGUUUGCUCCCCAUGUCACCUCGACUUCGUCCUACCACAGCUUCUCCGGCUGGUGUUGUCGCUGCCACCUCAGAUUACAGUCCCCUGCCGCCCCGGUUAUGAGCACAAGCUACACCUCGCUCGUCGACCACAACUCCUUGGGUUGUCUUUCACGGCCUUGAUGGCCUCGUCAAACCCUGUCUCGCCGCCUAUGAGCCAUUCUGCGGCAUACUACGACAAUCGCAGCAGUGUUCGGCCCCUCAGUCACAACCACCACUACUCGCCCACCCUACUGCACCCUCAAGCCGCCCAUCUCAAUCCAAACCCUCGAAGCCCGACUACCCCUCAGAGAACCGAGCCCAGGCGGGUCGGAGGUUCGGUGUCCAGUGACGAGUCCGGCUCCUCAACUGCCUCAGAGACCGAACGAUACCUACAUAACAAACAGUACCAAUACAGUCCGCAGGUAGAACGAGGUACAUGGAAAGAGCCCGUCAGACACUCAUACCAGCCUUCACAAAUCGGAGCAAACCUGGAUAGAGGCAGUCAUACUCGGUCGGAGUUGGUAGAGGACAACUCGACCGUGUUCCGGUAUAUCCAGCCCGAAGCCAGUGAGGAGGCAAAGGAGAACGACCACGCUUUCUGGAUCCUGAUCUGGCUAUCUUUCCUCGACCCUUUGCACUGCAUCUUCAGCGCCCUAUAUUCCAUCUUCGCCCUUUUCACCAUCAUCUUACUGCUCCCGCUCCGACUGUGCCGGCGCGAAUGCUCACCAACCAUCACCCUAGUCCGGAUGGUCGGCCCUCUGUUCCGCAACCACCUACAGAUGAUCUUUGCCAAAUCGCUGGAUCACGCUCAUACAUUCGAAUUCAGCCCCGCGUGUUUGGUCCUGAUCCACCUCGUGUCUCCGAUCAUCAGCCUCGGAAACGCAAUAGCCGCCUGGAUCGUCGCUGUUUUCUGGCUAUUUGCGAUCAUCAUGGGCAAUCCCGAUGGGACGGAGAAACGGGAUGAUGGCCGGGCUACCGUCCUCAUGUUACGGGACUGGUGGGAGAAAUGUUUACUUUCUGCGGUGCGGAAGUGAAAUAAUGUGUUUGAUCUAUGUCUGCUUACGAAGGAAUGAUCACAAUUUUUCGGGCCUUUUUGUCUCCGGUCUUGAAGCGCUUUUUUGCGUCCAACUUUAUGCUGUAUGUGUUUGGUUGCUAUUUUCCCAAACUCCUGGGAUGACGACUAUUGUAUUCUCACGAUGCGCGCGCGCUUUCUACACCGUGGAGAUAGGCUGAAGAGAGCCGUGGGCACAGGCAAGUGCCUGAAAAACAAAGCGCCUAUUCAGCUUUGGAACUGUGGAUGACAGAUCCCGAGGCCUGCGUGUAUUCGAUCAUCUCGAGAUCAGCGGGAUCAGCAGCGGCGGUUAUAACCGAUGCAAGUACUGGCCACACUGGCUUCAACCACCUCGCAUAGGAAGAGGUACUUAAUACAGCGCAUCGAAAGUCCGGUUCUUGCCGCCUUAUGUCUUGUAGACACACAAAAAUCCAG